UUUAUUUACAAUGAUUAGAUAUUUUUUACUCAAAUUUAAUAUUAAAUUGUUUCAAAUAAUUUAAAACCGAGGUGAUAAUAGAAAAGGUUAUUUGAAAAAAAAAAACGAAAAAAAAUAAUGCCAUUAAGCAAUUGGGGGAGUGAUAAAAGUGGACACUUGUAAACCUGUAACAUUCCAGAGACCACACUUGUCAAGUCCUAGUAAACCCCAACAUAAACCACAUUUCCUAAAACCUGAUUUGUCUACGUUUAAAUCAUCAAUAAAAACUCAAACUUAAAACUCCCCAUUUUGUAGCCAAUUAUCACGGAAUUCCGAUUACUUGUUAAAAAUUAAAAAGAAAUGGCAAACGAAGAACCAAGAGCGGCGAUAACAAUAGGAGAAGCGCUAGAAGUGGUUGCCACAAUCGUCGGAAAUAAACCCAUCGACGACAGCGAUGCCGCCGCCAUACAAGCCGCCGAGAUGAGGGCCACCGGCGCCACCAGUCCUCCUAUUGAUGGUAUCGGCUUUCAAGCGCAAUCUGCUGCUAUGGUCAAUGCCAGAAGAAUUUAUGAUGAGGAGAAAACUACUCUUGCUGAAGUUAUUGGGGAUGCAACUGAGAAGUUAGAGAGUGACAAGCCAGUGACAGUGAGGGAUGCAGAGAAGGUCAGAGCAGCGGAGCUGCAAGGGGAUGUGGACGGCCUCGAAAGCGAUCAUACAGACGCUCCUAAGGAAUCGGUGACUCCCGGAGGUGUUGCUGAGGCAUUAGCCACUGCUGCUAAUAUUAAUCAACCUCCUUCCUAAGCCAACUUGUUUGUAGUUCUCUUACUUAUGUUCUUACAUGUACAUGGUUUGAAGUCUUCUUCCAUUGUUUUUGUUCUUAAAAAUCCUCUGUUUUUUUGUUUUUGUUUCGGAGUUACAUUGGUGGAGGGGUUUUAAUGUUCUUGAGUGUCUUCAAUUUGUUAUCAAGGUGUUAUCUUGAAACGCAAUUUCCUUGAGAUAGUUGCACUAUAUAUACAUGUGUAUUGACCAUGGUAUGGUUUUUGUA